AUGGCGAGAGUGAGGGGAAAGCAUAUCCGACUGGGCGAGAUGCAGAUCCGACGAUCUCCCCGCCUGAAACGGGCCCUCCCACCGGAAAAGAAAACCUCCCGUUCGAACAAAAAAGCAAAACGAGGUCGUCCUUCAAAAUGGUCCCGGCUAAAUCAAGAAUCAAACACCGCAGCCACUGAGGCCCAGAGCCCAGAGGGCACUACCACUACAACAGAAAAGAGCCCAGACCAGGACACACAACGCCCCCGCAAAGAAGCGAACGAAACCAAAGAAGCUCCAAAGGAAGAGAAGCCCACCACUGAGCAAAAGUACCUCCCCCCCUUCCAGCAUCCGAAAUACGAAGGAUGCAUUUGGAUCAAAGGAUCGUUGGUCCCGCCCUACAGCGGUGUGCGGCGGUGGACGAGCCUCGAGGACGCGGAGAUCGAGCCGCUGUUGGAUCGAUUCGAGGCGCGGAUCGCGCAGUGGGUGGAGGAGUGGGCGGAGGAUGGGGAGGCGGUUGGAGAGAGGCUGUCGGAUGAGGAGAAGCGGUUGAUUAUGAAGGGUUUGGGGGGGUAUUGUGUGUUCAAGGACUGGGAUGAGUUGGUGGAGGGGCUUUCGAAGAAAGAUGUGGAGGAGUUGGGGUUGGUGUCGCCGAGUAUUUCGGAGGAUGCGGAUGGUAAGGAGGAGGAGAUGGAAUUGGUGGAGGUCCAGCCGAAUCCUCCGUUGACGAUGAGUCUGAAUGAUGCAGUGGAGAGUACUUCAGACGUGAAGACGGAUGUGAAGAUAGAAAGCAUUCCGGACGAGCCAAAGGAGAGCGCUCAGGAUGAACCCGAACCCAUGGGAGACUCUACGAAGGAUACCCCGGAAGUCCAUCCAUAUACUCUAUCAGGUACUCCUGAUGCCUCACCUGAGCUUGCUCCAGAAGUGAACUCAGACCCUCUCUCCACGCCCAACACACCACCAUCCAGCUCCCCCGAAGCACCAACCUCUCAACCCCUCCUAUCAACCUCACAGAAAAAGCUCCCCUGCCCCCCUGGCCUCCCCAAACUCCUAGUCGAAUGUCUGAUCAGCCAAUCGCUCUACAAGACCAUCAUCCAAGACCCAUUCUACUACCUCACCAAAGCAGACGACAACAUAAUCGACGCCGUCCCCACCACAUUCGGCAGGGACUUUUACAACGUCUGGCAGAGACUGAUGCGAGCCAGCCGCGUCAAAGCCCACCGCGUGCGCAUGGAACUGACCCAGCUCCUCAACGGCUUCGACAUCUGGGACCAGUGCCACGACAUCUCGAUCGGCGCGCAAAGCCGCACUCUCCGCAAACACGCCGUGCAGCGGCUCGUCGACUCUCUUCUCGCCGACCCAAGCUCCAACACCAGAAAAAGCCCCAUACAUCCCCUCCUCCGUCCCCUGGACAGCCAGGCCCAGUCCACCCGCACCAAACACCUCGUGCCCAUCUUCCGCGAGGCCGCCGAGAUCGCGGUCUGGAUGUACACGCAGGAAAGCUACUUCGUGUUCGCGGACGAGGUCGGUGCGCUGGGCCCGUUCGAUGGUCAGAUCACCGGCCGCGAGGAGUGUUUGGAGCUUGGGUACAAGGAGGUCGAGGAUAGUAUGAAGCCGCAUGGGUGGACGAGGGGGGAGUAUCCGGACGGAGUGCUGAAUGGGAGACUGCCGGUGUUGAUGGUCAGGCCGGUGCUGAGGAGGGUGUUUGUGGAUUCGUGGACGAGUUGUGCGUUGAAUGAGAGGGUGGGAAAGGUGGUUUCUAGAGCGGUGGUUUGUUUGGGGAAUCAGGAGCCGAGGGAUGCGGAUCGGUCGAAGUGGUGA